UCUGCUGGUACUCUCUCUUAGUGUCUGUGAUUCUCCACCACCAUUUUUGCUAAAGCCUCAUUAACCUUUAUAAAAAGCAAAUGGAAAAAAACUUGGUUUUCUCCUCAAUUCCAGUCUAUUUAGAUCCUCCCAAUUGGCACCAGCUGCAGCAAUCAAAUCAACAACAAGGAAUAAUUAGUGCUGCUCAUGAUCAAACUCCACAGCUUCCACCUCUUCCUCCACAGCCUCCUCUUGUGGGGGCUGGUGCAGGCUCAAUCCGACCGGGGUCAUUGGCUGAUCGAGCCAGGCUAGCAAAGAUUCCGCAGCCAGAAGCAGCCCUCAAGUGCCCAAGGUGUGACUCCACCAACACUAAAUUUUGCUAUUUCAAUAACUACAGCCUCUCUCAACCGCGCCAUUUCUGCAAGACAUGCCGGCGGUACUGGACUAGGGGGGGUGGCAUAAGAAAUGUUCCGGUGGGAGGCGGUUGUCGGAGGAAUAAGAAGAGUAAAAACAGUGGUAGUGGCUCCAAGUCAUCACCAGUCUCAUCCAUUGAGAGGCAAUUAGUUGGUGGUUCAAGCUCCACAAGUGCAAUUCCUUCGGAGAUGAUCCGUCACUUGCCUCUUCAUCAACAAGGUUCUCAUCAGUUGCCUUUCUUGGGAUCUUUGCCCAAUAUGACUCAGUAUAGUGCUGGGAAUUUUGGCUUGAAUUUUAGUGGAAUUCAGGGAAGCAUUGGAGGGACAAAUACCGGUGUCGGCGGCCAGACUGAUGUGGGGUUUCAGAUAGCAACUAAUUCAGGAGGAGUGCAGCAAUUUCCUUUCUUUGAGGCACAGACAGAAGGCUUGUUUUCAUUUCAAAGUGAAGGAGUUGAAGGAGUGGAAGGAGGGUCUUCGAGGGUUGGAGAUAGCCUGCAGCUUCGGGCAAUGACUAGUACUUCAAGCUCUAGGGUUUCUCAGCCAGCUCCAGUGAAGAUGGAAGAAAACCACGGGGGUUUAUCAAGGCAACUUUUGGGUAAUUUGGAGAGUAAUAAUCAGUAUAAUUGGAGUGGUGGAAAUACUUGGACGUCGCAUUUAUCAGGUCUCGGUUCUUCCUCCACUACUCAUCUUCUAUAAGAUUAAUUAAUGGUAAUAUCUGGAUUUGCGACUCUCAAACCCUCCAGAAUUGUCUAAUAAUUAAGAUGGUGUGGGAUUGGAUUAGUCUCUUCAUGAUCAGAUAGGGAUCGAUCCAAAGGUAGAACUGGGUUUUAUGUCCUAAUUAAUAAUUUGCUGCUUUUGGUUGAAGAAUUAGUAUUGAAGUUUGUGUUGUUAUUGUAUUUUCUAUACGUCGAAUGUGUGUGAUCUUGAGGUCAUUGGUGGCUGUUGUUUCCUGAGAUGAUGAGCUGAGAUCAUAUUUAAGAUUAAUCCUAGAUAUCAAUGGCAACUUGUUUCA